AUGCCGCGCAAUUUCAAGCCGUCGUCACUCCACCUCCGCAACGUCAUAAUCUUUCUCCAUCUAUCUGGCCAAGAACCUGCGGAUAUCGAUAGACGUCUGAAGGAAGUUUACGAGGAGCACGCCCCCUCUAGAAGUACAGUCUACAAGUGGCACUCAAAGUUCGCUUCGGGUGACUAUUCCAUCGAAUAUGAAGACCGUUUGGGACACCCGAUGGAGUUGGAUUUCGACUUGAUGCGGAGACAGGGGGAAGCCGACCCGUAUCAAACCACUCGCGACCUGGCAGUCGCUCUUGGGGUGAGUCAAACCACAGUUGUUCGCGAAUUGAAGUCAAUCGGCAAGGUGCGAAAACUAGGUCGAUGGGUACCACAUGCUCUGACGCAAUAUGAGAUGGACUGCCGCGCUGAUACAGCACUUUCUCUCCUCACGCUCAAGCGCACUCACACCUGGCUUGAGCACCUAGUCACCGGGGAUGAGAAGUGGAUUUCCUAUUCUAACAUUCACCGGCGUGUCCGGUGGGUUGACAAAGACUUCCAAACCCGCGACGACAUCAAAAAGGUACUCGAGCAGUUCUUCAAGGAACAGUCCCCAGCGUUCUGGAGCAAAGGCAUCUACGAUCUGCCUAGACGUUGGCAGAAGACCAUCGAUGCCAAUGGGGCAUACUUCAAAUGA